GCUAUCUGAGUGGCUCACAUCAAUUGACCUACUUUCAGGGUCAUAGGACUAAAAGGUGACUUUUAAAUCGUUUGAACUUCUUCUCUAUAUUAAACCUUUUAAAAUGCCUAGCUAUGUCCAUAUUUGGCAUGUUAAAAAAUGUGUGUUCAAAUAAAUGGCCUUGACCCACAUUCAAAGUCAUAGAGGUCAAAUGUAUUAACUCUUUAAUAGCUCCUGUACAAAGUAAAGGACCUGGGUGAUAAUAUUCAGCCUGUAUCAUGCUGGGAUGAAAGCUCAGGCUAUCAAGUUUGUUCAAAUGAAUGACAUGAUCCACUUUCAAGAGUACAUGGUGAUAUUUGUCAAGCAUUUAAGUUUUAAGAAACUUCUAAAUAAUAUUGAUCUUAUAUGAGUAACUAAUGAAGAGGUGUGCAGUUGUUUAAAAUGAAUUCUUUCCCAGAACCUUUACUAACAUGCAUUGUUCUUCUGAUCUCUUUUCCAUGUGCUGCCAUCUGUACACCAUUCUGGAUCUGGUUAUCAUUACUAUGGCUAGGAUUAUUACUUUUUUACAGUUGGACCGCAGUGGCAACAUGGCGGUGGGUUGCCAAUGAUGAUAAUUGUGGAAUAUGUCGCAUGGCAUUCGACGGCUGUUGUCCAGACUGUAAACUGCCAGGAGAUGAUUGUCCACUCGUCUGGGGGGAGUGCUCUCACUGUUUCCACAUCCACUGCAUUGUUAAGUGGCUCAACUCCCAGCAGGUGAACCAGCUGUGUCCGAUGUGUCGACAGGACUGGAAAUUCAAAGAGUGACAGAAACACCUCUUCAGCCUUGGUCUGACCAAGCCGUGGUUCCAGUGACCCCACGGUUGUUACACCAUCAUGAUCAUUUAUUAGACUCGAAGAGUUUCACCCAAGUACGUUUGGUUUUAUACAUGGCGUUUUCAUCUACCGUUUGAAGGUCAAACUAAUGUAUGAUUCAUUGAAAGUGGAGAUGUCUUCAGUUGUAAACAUUCUACUCCAUCUCUCAAAGAAGGGGAUCAUACUUGAUCAGUCUUUUUAAUUUAUGUGUUCCAAACAGUAGAACAGUGUGAAUUAAGGGGAAGUGGUUCCAUUUGGCUAAGUACUCGUGCACGAAGAGCAAGUACACAGAACACACAGAAAUGUUGCUCGAACACCUGGUUGGAAAUUAUAGUGUCCGUUAUAUUUUUUUCCAAUCAGGUAUGCCUAAGGACUGAGUAGGACUAGUGUAUAGAAGCUAAGACAAAGUCUUGACCAGAAGUUGAUGUUGAUAGGAGUGACUCGGAGUCAAGAAAUAUCUGUGUGGCCUUGGGUUGCUUGUGUCCACCGCAUAUACCACUGACAGUAUGUGUUCAAUGUAAUUUGUAGGCUUAUUUAAAGAUAACAAAUAACAUAAAGACCACCAUUAGGUAUACAUGUAUUUAAUUGUGAUACAAUACAAUAAUCAAUCAAACACUAUUACCUAUGACUUU